AUGGCCAGACUGGACUACCUCCAGUACAAGCUGCACGAAAUGGAGCUCGGCCGGAAGGAGCGUGAUGAAGAGGUUACGGAAAAGCUGACCAAACUGGAGAAUUCGCUAACUGGCGUUCAAUGGGCGAUCAAUCGACACGAUCGGGAUGCUGGACACAAUCUUACUGUAUUGAGUGCACAGUCUCGCAAGAUUAUGGUUCAGCAAACGUCAUGUGCAAACCACGAACAGAUGCGCAAGGAAAUUCAACUCCUCUCAAAUAAAACCUCCUUAUGCUUCCAAAUGAAAGGGCAUUUCAAAUCGUGCAAGGAGGCACCUGCGGGUAUGUCUGGAGUCUAUCGGAUUCAACCGGUUGAGAACCAACUCCCAUUUGAAGCAUUUUGUGAGCAGAACAAUUUCGGAGGCGGAUGGCUGGUCAUCCAGUAUCGGUUCAACGGAGCGCUGGACUUCAACCGCAAUUGGAAGGAGUAUGAAAAUGGAUUCGGGAGUUUGAAUCAGGAGUUCUGGUUCGGAUUGGCUAAGAUUCAUCAAUUGACUACUGAGAGACCGCACGAGCUGGUAGUAGAGUUUAAAGACUUCGAUCAAACGUACAAAUAUGCACGUUAUAAGGAGUUCGCGAUAGGCAGUUCCACUGAACAAUAUAAACUCACGAAAUUGGGAGACUAUGAGGGCACAGGAGGAGACUCGUUGAAGUCGGACAAAGACAAACAAUUUUCAACCAAAGAUCGAGAUAAUGGUAGCUGCAUCUCAGGCCGUGAAUCAGGCGGGUGGUGCGGUUAUGGUAAUUUAAAUGGAAAAUAUUUAAACAAGAGUGACAGCAAUGCAAUGUAUUGGCAUGCGUACAAAUCUUCAACGCAGGGUCUUGCGUACUUUAGGAUGAUGAUUCGAGAAGUGUAG